AUGAAACAAAUCCGCAAAAUUCUCAAGUGGGAUUGGGGUAAAUAAACUUAUAAAGGUUUUGGAUAGUCUAAUGAUGAAUUUAGAGGUUAAUCAGCUCCUCUUUGGGUUAACUCUUCCCCAAUUGCAUUUUUGGUGAUGUCAUUAUGGGGAUUUUUACUCUUUGUCGUUGUUCUCAUAGUUUUUAUUACAAAAAUUGAUAGUUACACUGAAUAUGCAAAUUGCUCGCAUUUUAAGCAACUUAUAAUCUUUGAAAUUGUUAUUGUAGGGCUGAAUGCUGUUUUCGACUUCAGAUCUUAUAUAAAGCGCUAUGACACAGAUUAAGGAUGGUCGAGGAGUUUAAUUUAUUUAACCUGCUAGUGCAUAUUAUUAGGCGUUGCUAUUUUGCUUUAAAUUCUUUUUGCUAUAUCAAAUCAAUAUAAAAACUGUACUGAUAAUAACUAAGAAGAUGACUCUUAACAAUUAUUCAUCUCAAGUGUCGUAAUUAGUGGAAAUAUUGCAAUCUUAUUAAUCAUAAAGCUUUUUAUUCUAAUGGCAUUCUCUUUCAGAUACUAUUAUGAGCCAAAUGCUUUUUUAGCCUUUGCAAAAACAAGAAGAAUUUGA